UCAAGAGAUAUAUCGUCAUAGAAAUCAUUAUUUGUGUUAGGUGUAUCUUCAUUUGAAGCAAAGCAAUGGAACAAAACGAAGAAGAACCAUCAACUUCAUCGCAACAAGAUCAACAAAACUGGAUAACCGAGCAAGAUAAUCUAAAAGAAAAACUAAUAACAGAAGAUAAUUUCACAUGGAAAUUACCAUCAUCAUCACAAGAAUUAAGAUACGUUGGUGGCGUUGAUAUAAGCUUCUCAAAACAUUAUCCAUCAUUAGCGUGUGGUACUCUUGUAGUCUUGGAUUUUCAAACUCUCCAAAUUCUUUAUCAGGAUUUCUCUUUCGUCACUCUUCGUGUUCCUUAUGUCCCUGGCUUCCUUGCCUUUCGAGAGGCUCCGGUUCUUCUAGAUAUUCUAGAGAAAAUGAAAAGGAGUGGCAGUCCUUUCUACCCUCAGUUGUUAAUGGUUGAUGGAAAUCGAAUACUUCAUCCCCGAGGUUUUGGACUAGCUUGUCACAUUGGAGUUAAAGCCAAUCUUCCAACUAUCGGGAUUGGAAAGAAUUUGCAUCAUGUGGAUGGUCUCCAUCAAUCUAGAGUGAGAAAUCUUCUAGAAGCCAAAGAAAACUCUUCUAAACACUUUAUUACUUUGACAGGUUGCUCUGGGCGUACAUGGGGAGCGGCCAUGAAAUCUACGCAGGGAUCCAUAAAGCCAAUAUACAUAUCAAUCGGCCACAGGAUAUCACUCCAGACUGCCAUUGCGAUUGUUCAGAUGACUUGCAAGUAUCGUGUCCCUGAGCCAAUUAGGCAGGCUGAUAUAAGAUCCAGAGACUACAUUCGAAAGUAUGAAAUGAAUGCUGAACUGAAGUAAUUUAACUGAUAUGGUACACUUCUAUCAACACCUAAAAUGAUGCUAACACUUACUGCAUGCUACUAUGGAUUAAAGAAGACAUUUUAUAGUAUUUAUUGUUUAUGUUGUCAAAGCAAUGUAGAAUUUCAAGUACAGAGAUGUAAGCAAAUAAACUCAAGAUUAUGAAUAUGCUUGUCAUAUCAUAUAUUUGAUGUCAACGAAUGUAUUAUAAUACCGGAUACAAUCUAAAUCCAUAACUUGUAUUUGUACAGCCUUUUCAUCAGAGAUUAAUGUAGUAUACUUGCAGUACUGAA